AUAUGAUCAUUUGGGCCUGUCUUCCCUAUAAAAAAACAGGGUACAAAAGCCAAUUUCUCGGACCCCGGCACGACCUGUCCGGAGGCACCCGGAGCAAAUGAAGCCGACGCUGAGGCCGAGCCUCACCCGCGCAUGGCCAUGGAUCCUCGCCUCCAACUUCUCCACCUUCUUCUCUCCACUCCCUCCUCCUCCUCUUACUCGGGCUCUCCACAUCACUCCAAUUCGCCACCGUCACAUUCACUCUUCUCUAUCUCCUCCGCCGCCGCCGCUAGCUUCUUCUUCUUCCCCUUCGCUGCUCCCACUGUUUCUGAGGCCACCCAAGUACACGACCACCGUCUCGGACCUCCUAGAAUGGCACUCUUGGGCCAAAUCUCUCGCCGCCUCUGUCGGGUCCUCCUUCGAGGACUCCGACAACGGCCCGGACUCCGCUCUCCUCUGUAGGGAGCUCAGCUGGCUGAUGGAAGACGUCCUCGACGGGUUCGACCCUUCAUUGAUGCGCAAAGCCGUCGCGAGCGACGACCCAGAUGUCAUCAUUAGCUUGAAAGCCGAUGUCCAGGAGCUCUACAGUUUAUGGAAGCAGAGGAUCGAGGAGAGAAGGCCUUUUCAGUAUGUAGUCGGGUGCGAGCAUUGGAGGGACUUGAUUCUGUGCGUUCGAGAAGGGGUCUUGAUCCCGAGGCCCGAGACCGAGAUCGUUGUGGAUUUGGUGGUUGAUGUGAUUUCGAAAGACCAAGGAUUGAGAGAGGGUUUGUGGGCUGAUUUGGGAACUGGUAGUGGCGCUAUUGCUAUUGGAAUUGCCAAGAUCUUGGGAAAUUAUGGAAGAGUUAUCGCAACGGAUUUGAGCCCUUUCGCUGUUCCAGUUGCUUCCUUUAAUGUGGAAAGAUAUAGCUUGCAGGACAAAAUUGAGGUGAGGGAAGGUUCUUGGUUGGAACCUUUGAAGGACGUUGAAGGAAAAGUCGCAGGUCUUGUGAGCAAUCCGCCUUAUAUUCCAAGUGUAGACAUAAGUGGCUUACAAGCCGAAGUUGGGAGGCAUGAACCGAGGCUUGCCCUGGAUGGUGGUGCUGAGGGUAUGGAUGAUCUUCUCCAUCUGUGUAAUGGGGCUGCUUCAAUGUUGAAACCUGGUGGUUUCUUUGCUUUUGAGACAAACGGAGAAAAACAGUGCAAGUUUCUUGUAGAUUACAUGCAAAAUCAAUUACCAGGAAGCUUUUGCAAUGUCGAUACAGUAUCUGAUUUUGCUGGUAUUCAGAGAUUUGUUACUGGGUUCCGAAAUCGAUGAUCAGCGGUUGUCCUACCGUAUUUCCAUCCAUCAUUCAGGAAAGAAAGCAAAUAGAUGAGUAUGCGCUUUGAACUUGCUUACUCUCUGGUCAUUGUUUUCUUGUUUUCCUAGGCCCCAUUUUGCGACACUUGAUCGCUGUUGUGAAUUUGCUUUUGCAAGUGUAGCAUGUCAAUCUUGCCCAUAUGAUCAUUAAUCCCUUAGUUAGCUUUGUGGUUUAACAUACACAAUUAAUUCUACUGUGUAUUAUUUUGGCAAUCAUCACAUUUAUACCUACAGCUAUAAACAGCGUAAUAAUUUCUGUUC